AGCAAACCCAACCCCACCCACCUCAUAAUAUUACCAUUGCCUCUUUAGCCGCCUCAGGAAAAAAACCACUCUUCUAAGUGUUGUGUAGUAACAUAACAUAGCAUCAUCAUUCAUCAACAGUAACACAGAGAAAAUCAGACCAGACUCUUCUGUUUCUCUGUUCUGUUGUGCUGUGCUGUGUUGUGUUGUGUUUCUUUCUGCUCUUGUUCAGGUCACAGGGUCAUACCCCUUUGUUUGGAUUUGAACUCAGAUAAAAAUAUUUAACAGAAAUUUCAAAAUGCAGCAGCACCUGAUGCAGAUGCAGCCCAUGAUGGCAGCUUACUAUCCUAACAACGUCACUACUGAUCAUAUUCAACAGUAUCUUGAUGAGAACAAGUCCUUGAUUCUCAAGAUUGUUGAAAGCCAGAACACUGGCAAGCUCACCGAGUGUGCUGAGAACCAAUCAAGGCUUCAGAGAAAUCUCAUGUACCUAGCUGCAAUAGCUGAUUCUCAACCCCAACCACCUACUAUGCCUGGCCAGUACCCUUCAAGUGGAAUGAUGCAGCAGGGAGGACACUACAUGCAGGCUCAACAAGCUCAGCAGAUGACACAACAACAAUUAAUGGCUGCACGUUCCUCUCUUAUGUAUGCUCAACAGCUUCAACAGCAGCAAGCCUUGCAAAGCCAACUUGGUAUGAAUUCCAGUGGAAGUCAAGGCCUUCACAUGUUGCAUAGUGAAGGGGCUAAUGUUGGAGGCAAUUCAUCUCUAGGGGCUGGUUUUCCUGAUUUUGGCCGUAGCUCAGCCGGUGAUGGUUUGCACGGCAGUGGUAAGCAAGACAUUGGAAGCACUGAUGGCCGCGGUGGAAGCUCUAGUGGUCACUCUGGUGAUGGCGGCGAAACACUUUACCUGAAAUCUUCUGGUGAUGGGAAUUAGUUAAGCAAGAAUGGUAAAACUAAUUAGUUCCUGGCCUUUUUAGUUAGGAGGAUUAGGCAAUGAACAUUAAGUUAAGUAGGUGAAGGAUAAGCUUGCUUAUUAGACUUCAGAUGUUAUGUUUUGUCUGUUUUAUGUUUCAUUAAAAGGCAAUGAAUCAAAACGUU